AUGCAGAUCAUGAAGGGCCUUAAGAAAGGGGAGACAACGUUCAUAGCCACCAUUGCCAGUUCGGGAGAAGACAAUGAUGCUAAGAAGCCUUUGCCACUGAUCAUAGAGAAGGUCCUUGAAGAGGAGAAGCGCGAGGUAGAUCACAAGAUCGAGUUGGAGGUUGGAGCCAAGUCACCCGUACAUGCACACUAUCUCAUGGCUAUACCCGAGUUAGAGGAGCUAAGGAAGCAGCUGAAGGAGCUCAUUGAGGCCGGUCAUAUUCGCCAUGCAAAGCACCAUAUGGCACAUCGGUUCAUCAGUGGCUACUCCACUAAAGCUGAUCCGCUGACCGAGCUAUUGAAGAAGAAUAAGCCGUGGGUUUGGAGUGAGGAGUGCCAAAAAGCAUUUGAAAGUCUCAAGGCCGCGGUGACAGAAGAGUCGGUCUUCACGUUGCCCGAUUUCUCAAAGACCUUUAAGGUGAAUACGAAUGCUUCAGAUUUCUCCAUUGGGGGAGUUCUAAUGCAAGAUGCUAUCAAGGAUGGCAUGCAACACGAUCUGGAGGCCAAGAAGCUUAUAAAGUUGGCCGCCCAAGGUAAGACAAGGUGCAUGUGGGUGGAAGAUGGCUUUUUACUCAAUACCGGUCGGAGGGUUUAUGUACCAAAGUUCGGGUCCAUAAGGCGUCAAAUCAUCAAGGAGAGACACAACAUAUCAUGGGCUGGGCAUCUAGGGCAGGGAUGUACGAGGGAAUUGAUUGAGGCAAUUUAUUAUUGGCCAUGCAUGCGGGGACGACAUAGAGUGCUAUGUGCAAACAUGUCUGGUGUGCCAGCAAGACAAGGUGGAGCAGAGGCAACCGGGAGGGCUAAUUUAUCCACUACCCGUAGCAGAACGGCCAUGUGA